CAAGUGAUGGAUAGAGACGCUGAAAGUGCUGAGCAGACGCAGGUUGAUGGACUUAAAGAGAUCGCUGAAAGACCAAAAUGGGACAAUAAAGUUCAAUAUUUGCUAACCUGCAUAGGUUUUGCUGUGGGACUUGGCAAUGUGUGGAGAUUUCCAUAUUUGUGUCAAAUCUAUGGUGGAGGGGCGUUUCUGAUUCCUUAUGCCAUUGCCUUGGUGUUUGAGGGACUUCCUCUGCUGCACAUGGAACUGGCCAUCGGACAACGACUCCGCAUGGGAAGUGUUGGAGUGUGGAAUUCAAUCUCCCCUUAUCUGGGAGGUUUAGGUGUGGCUUCCUUGGUAGUAUCCUUCCUAGUUGGUCUGUUCUACAACAUGAUCUUGGCCUGGAUCCUCUGGUACUUCUUCCACUCCUUUCAAAAUCCACUUCCCUGGAGGGACUGCCCAUUAAAUUUGAAUCGGACUGGCUGGGUAAGUGAAUGUGAGAAGAGCUCGUCAGUGAACUAUUUCUGGUAUCGUGAAACACUGAACAUUACGCCUAACAUUGAGACCAGCGGGUCCGUACAGUGGUGGCUAGUGCUGUGUCUUGCAUCUGCUUGGUGCCUCGUGUACAUCUGCUUCAUUCGUGGAAUUGAGACUAUUGGGAAGGCUAUUUAUGUCACAGCCACCUUUCCGUAUCUUGUUCUGACCAUCUUCUUGGUCAGAUCAUUGACUCUGGCUGGGGCCACAGAUGGCUUAAUAUAUCUCUUCACUCCAAAUUGGGAAACCCUGAAAAACCCUGAGGUCUGGUUGGAUGCUGCUACUCAGAUCUUUUUCUCUUUGUCUUUGGCCUUUGGGGGACUUAUUGCUUUUUCCAGUUACAAUGCUCAAAAGAAUAACUGUGAGAGAGAUGCCCUAAUUGUUGGAUGUGUGAACAGUUUUACGUCAAUUUAUGCAUCAAUUCCUAUUUUUGCCAUUCUUGGAUUUAAAGCAAAUGAAAACUACAAUGACUGCAAAAAUUGGAACAUACUGACAUUGACUAAUUCAUUCAACAUUGGGGAUGAGAACAUAACCCUAGAAAACUAUGACGACUGGUUCAAGUAUCUCAACACAACUGAUCCCUCGGAGGUCAAAAGCCUCAAUCUAAAGACAUGUAACCUGCAGACUUUCCUGGACCAGAGCGCCUCUGGAACCGGACUGGCCUUCAUUGUGUUCACUGAGGCGGUGAUAAAAAUGCCAGGCUCUCAGGUGUGGGCGGUGCUCUUCUUUAUCAUGCUCUUCAGCCUGGGCCUCUCCUCUAUGUUUGGAAAUCUAGAGGGGGUCCUUACUCCUCUGCUUGACCUGCACAUGAUUCCACCCUGGAUUCCUAAAGAAAUUUUCACAGGGUUAAUAUGUCUCACCUCCUUUACUGUGGCCCUAAUCUUUACUUUGGGCUCUGGAAACUACUGGCUGGAGAUUUUCAACAGUUACGUGGGAUCCAUGCCUCUGCUCAUCAUAGCAUUCUUUGAGAUCAUUAGUGUGGUAUACAUCUAUGGAAUAAACAAGUUUAAUGACGACAUUGAAUGGAUGUCAGGUCGGAGACCAAACAUCUACUGGCAGGCCACUUGGCGCUUCAUCAGUCCUUUCAUGCUUCUGGUGGUUUUUGUGGCAUAUGUAGUAGUCGAGGCUGAAAAACAACCUACAUAUAACGCCUGGAACCCAGAUUACGUGCAAUUCCCCCUUGCUGAUGUUCAGCCCUAUCCUGAAUGGGUUUUUGUUAUCUGUGUUCUCUUAUCUGUCCUUCCUGUUGUAUCCAUUCCUCUUGUGGCUCUCUACAAAUUAAUGGGCUUCCUGAAGAAGUACAUCAUGAACAGGCACAACCAAAAUCCAUAUACAAAUGAAUGAUGUCAUGGAGAAUUGUAAGGGAAGUGUUUAGCUGCUUUAUCUGAGUGGUGGUCAGGACUACCAGUGGUAGGCUACAUACCAUU